UCUGGGCCGCGCUGCUGGCACUGGGGGCGCUGGCGGGCGCCUGCGUUGGAGGGCCGAACGUCUGUACCACCCGAGGUGUGAGCUCCUGCCAACAGUGUCUGGCUGUGAGUCCCAUGUGUGCCUGGUGCUCAGAUGAGGCCCUGCCUGUGGGCACACCACGCUGUAACUUGAAGGAGAACCUGCUGAAGGACAAUUGUGCCAAAGAUUACAUUGAGUUCCCGAUCAGCGAGGCCUAUGUACUGGAGGCUAGACCCCUCAGUGACAAGGGCUCUGGAGACAGCUCUCAAAUUACUCAAGUCAGUCCCCAGAGGAUUGCACUCCGGCUACGACCAGAUGAUUCGAAGAAUUUCUCCAUCCAAGUGCGGCAGGUAGAGGAUUACCCUGUGGACAUCUACUACCUGAUGGACCUGUCCUACUCUAUGAAGGAUGAUCUGUGGAGCAUCCAUAAUCUGGGUACCAAGCUGGCAUCUCAGAUGCGCAAACUUACCAGUAAUCUGCGUAUUGGCUUUGGGGCCUUUGUGGACAAGCCUGUGUCACCAUACAUGUACAUCUCUCCACCACAGGCCCUCAAAAACCCUUGCUAUGAUAUGAAGACCACCUGCCUGCCCAUGUUUGGCUACAAACAUGUGCUGACAUUAACUGACCAGGUGACUCGCUUCAAUGAGGAGGUAAAGAAGCAGAAUGUGUCACGAAACCGGGAUGCCCCAGAGGGUGGCUUUGAUGCCAUCAUGCAAGCUACAGUCUGUGAUGAAAAGAUUGGCUGGAGAAAUGAUGCAUCUCACUUGCUUGUGUUUACCACUGAUGCCAAGACUCAUAUAGCACUGGAUGGCAGGCUGGCAGGAAUUGUGCAACCCAAUGAUGGGAAGUGCCACAUUGGCAGUGACAACCUUUAUGCUGCUUCCACAACCAUGGAUUAUCCCUCUUUGGGGCUGAUGACUGAGAAGCUGUCCCAAAAAAACAUCAAUUUGAUCUUUGCAGUGACUGACAAUGUUGUCAACCUUUACCAGAAUUACAGUGAGCUCAUCCCAGGGACCACAGUGGGAAUUCUGUCCACAGAUUCCAGCAAUGUCCUCCAGCUCAUUGUUGAGGCCUAUGGGAAAAUCCGCUCCAAAGUAGAGCUGGAAGUGCGUGAUCUCCCCGAGGAGUUAUCUCUGUCCUUCAAUGCCACGUGCCUCAACAAUGAGGUCAUCCCAGGCCUCAAGUCUUGUGUUGGACUCAAGAUCGGAGACACGGUGAGCUUCAGCAUCGAGGCCAAGGUGCGUGGGUGCCCCCAGGAGAAGGAGAAGUCCUUCAUCAUCAAGCCUGUGGGCUUCAAAGACAGCCUUACUGUCCAGGUCACCUUCGACUGCGACUGUGCCUGCCAGGCCCAGGCUGAGCCUAACAGCUCUCGCUGUAAUAACGGCAAUGGGACCUUUGAGUGUGGGGUGUGCCGCUGCAGGCCUGGUUGGCUAGGGUCCCAGUGUGAAUGCUCAGAGGAAGACUACCACCCCUCCCAGCAGGAUGAAUGCAGCCCCCGAGAGGGCCAGCCUGUCUGCAGCCAACGGGGAGAGUGCCUGUGUGGCCAGUGUGUCUGCCACAGCAGUGACUUUGGCAAGAUCACGGGCAAGUACUGCGAGUGUGAUGACUUCUCCUGUGUCCGCUAUAAAGGGGAGAUGUGCUCAGGUCAUGGCCAGUGCAGCUGUGGGGACUGCCUCUGUGACUCUGACUGGACUGGCUACUACUGCAACUGUACCACGCGCACUGACACAUGCAUGUCCACAAAUGGGCUGCUGUGCAGUGGCCGGGGCAAGUGCGAAUGUGGCAGCUGUGUCUGCAUCCAGCCGGGCUCCUAUGGGGACACCUGCGAGAAGUGUCCCACCUGCCCUGAUGCCUGCACCUUUAAGAAGGAGUGCGUGGAGUGUAGGAAGUUUGACCGGGGAGACCUGUACCAGGCAAAUACCUGCAACCGUUACUGCCGUGAUGAAAUAGAGACCGUCAAGGAACUCAAGGACACUGGCAAGGAUGCAGUGAAUUGUACCUACAAGAAUGAAGAUGACUGCGUGGUCAGAUUCCAGUAUUAUGAAGAUAGCAGUGGAAAGUCCAUCCUGUAUUUGGUGGAAGAACCAGAGUGUCCCAAGGGCCCCGACAUCCUGGUGGUCUUGCUUUCAGUGAUGGGAGCCAUUCUGCUCAUUGGCCUUGCUACUCUGCUCAUCUGGAAACUCCUCAUCACCAUCCAUGACCGGAAGGAGUUUGCUAAAUUUGAGGAAGAGCGAGCCAGAGCAAAAUGGGACACGGCCAACAACCCACUGUAUAAAGAGGCUAUCUCCACCUUCACCAAUAUCACCUACCGGGGCACUUCAUAACAAGCAAUCCUCCUCAGAUCAUUACCAGACGUUUUCCAGGAUUGUAGGAGUCUCUCCUAUUGUGUUUACAGAGGACAGUGUCUGUGGGGUGCGAUUUGGGCUUAAAGUGGGGUGGGUGGGAGGAUGUCAGCAUGUGGAAGUGUGGGUCUCUGUGUAUAUGUGUGUAUGGCUGUGUUGUGUGUAGGGACAUGUGUAAUUUAAAAGUUGUGAUGUGUCUUGAUAAGGGGAG